CAUCGAUACAAAAGAUCCUCGAAGAACAUUCGAGACAUAUCGAUACAAUAGUCUAUUCGAUAAAUAUUCCCAUGUCAAUGUCGCCAUACCAUUCUAAACAUAUUCAUGUGAUACGUUUCACGUUACACCUUCCCCCUUAUACAAAAAGGUGUUUACAUAAAACAGCUUUUUCAUUCAAAACAUUGCUCCUUAAUAACGUGAAAAUUUCGCGCAGCCAUAGUCUGUGUGGUGGUGAUUUUAUUGAAAAGCUCAUCAAAAUGCUGUGCAAAAGUUCGAGGCGUUUGUCCCUUGGCAAAUUCAGAAGAACCCAACGACUGAGGAUGAAAAGCCGUGGAUGUUAUUCGCUGUAUUUUGAAAAUCCUGCAGAAAUUCUUCAUUACCUGGCUAAUGAAGUUCCUCCCUUGAUCAGUAUGGAUAACCCGUGGACAUCCAAAUCUACUGAUAAACUGUUCAGCAAGAGCAUGAGCAACGGUUACUGUAUCUAUGGUUCUUAAUGGAAUCGCAUCAGAAUAUUUAGUCAAAUUAUCCUGCAAAGCUUGACGGGGUGUAUCGGUGAUUUGCAUUGGUUGUUUGAUUGCAGCUAUGUAAUUUUUAUUCUUCUGACAAAUAGGG